GGCCAGUCUGUCAUUAUUACGGGAAACCAUUCAUUUUUCAGCCAAACUCUAUCGCAGCAUGUUGAAUAUCCAGACGUCGAUACAGCUGACGCUCUGUGUAUGUUUGCAUGACGGGUUUUAGGAAGGGAGUGUGAUAUAAGUCGCAGUCAGCCGGCAUUCACAGCAUACAGCAAUGAGCACUAGGACAGGUGGUCAAAUUCUGAAAUGACUGACUACCUUAUCAGUGCAGCACUAUUGUGGUCUAGGCCCUUACACACUUAAGAGUAACGCCGACAGUCAUGAGAACUGAAGUUGUUAUUCUGCAGCAGCCGGUGUCUGUGUGUGUACCACCAAACCAUGAGGUGACCUUAAGAGUUCAAGCAAUAGGCACUGGUGCAUUGAAGUAUCAGUGGUUUGAUAAACAACAGACAGAGGUGGCAGGUGGGACGGAGCCCGAGCUCACCGUCUCUCUCCAGAGAUCUGGAAAAUAUAUUUGCAGAGUGAGCGACCUGCACUGUAACUAUCAGUUCACAGAAUGGGUAAAAGUGAGAAUCCUAGAUGAACCAGGUGUUUCUCGCACGUGGAGAGGGGAACCCCAUAUAGUCAUUCACCCAAUAAGCCAAACAGUAAAACCAGGGGAGACUUUCACUCUUAAAUGCACAGCUUUAGGCAAACCUGCUCCUGCCUACCAGUGGUACAGAAACGGUCGCAUCCUUCCUAAACAGACCACAGAAACACUUAGGAUAGAAAAUACCAGCGCAGACACUGUGGGCUCAUACCUUUGUGCUGUGUCAAAUAUUUUGGAGGAGAGGUGGUCAGAAGCAGCUGAGAUUGAGAUUGCGCCUCCAGAUCAACAACCAACGCCCACGCUUAUGGCAGCCGACAAAGUGGCAUUAUUGAUUGGGAACCUGAACUACAAUCACCAUCCUGGUCUGAUGGCCCCCAUCAUGGAUGUUCAUGAGCUGGCCAAUCUUCUGCAACAGCUAGGCUUCAGAGUGGUCUCUCUGCUUGAUCUCACCCUUCCGGAAAUGCAGGCUGCCAUUGACAAGUUCUUGCAGCUCUUGGACCGUGGAGUGUAUGCUGUUUUUUACUACGCUGGCCAUGGCUACGAGCACUCUGGCAGAAAUUACCUGGUGGCCAUUGACGCUCCACGACCCUACCGUACGGAAAACUGUGUGUGUGGACAGAGAGUGAUGCAGAGUAUGCAGGCGAGCAAAGCCCAGCUCAAUGUCAUUCUCCUGGAUACCUGUAGGAAAUGGUACAAACAAAAAGGUCCUUCCUCUGAAAUUAAGCCUUUGGCUCCACUGGGCAACACUGUAUAUGGAUACGCCACGAGUGAAGAUGCAGAGGCUUUCGAGGUCCAGGAUGGUGGCAAGAGCACAGGGAUCUUCACCAAGUAUCUGAACAAACAUGUCUUAAAGCCAGAGAGGGUGACCCAUGUCUUGGAGCAGGUCUCUGAGGAUCUGGGUAAGGACCCACUGGUGCGUGGCAGGCAGGUAGUAGAGAUCAGACACACUCUGACAGAGCCACGGGCUUUGACCGAUCCUGUGCGAACAUUUGGACACACUAUGGAGCUCCGCCGGCGGGAUGCUUGUUGGAAACAGGCUAAUGUUCUUCCUGGCCGAAGGUCUCUGGACUUUCCAUAUUGUGCUGUUCAGGUGGAGCUGAGUUUCUCUGCCCUGUUCUCCAAUGUCCUGGUUGUGUUUGGUACAGUGAGGAACACAAGCGCUAAGGCCCAGGACUGCACUCUGAUUCUUGAGAGUGAACCACAAAUGCAGGACAUUUUCUCAGGUUCUGGUCGAUCAGAAGAAAUGGACAGUUUGCUUGUGAACAGUGGUGAAACUCCUGACUGCACCCUCAGAUUAUGUUGCCUUCAAAGACUCCAGGGAUCUCUGGUGAUCAAAGUGAGACUGCACUACACCCACACACAAACUAAAGAACGUCUCACUGAGAGCAAAGAGCUGGACAUAGGCAGGCCUCUCAUUGCCUCCUGCAAGCUGAAUCAGAUGAGACCAGUGGACAGGAGACAAGAGAGUCGUGUCCAUACUGUGGACCACAUGUCCAAUAUAAGAUAUCCUCAUCAUCAGAACCAUCCUCGACCUGGUCAGCCCUUCACACGCAAGGCUGAGAACCGAUUACAGAGUUCAGCCAAAUCCACCUCCAUGAGCAGCAAUGAACCAGAGGAGAAUGAUGAAAAUGACUCUAAUGAAUUCACUAUGUGAUGUUCCUUCCCUUUACAAAUACACAGUAAGGCAUUGUUUUGAUACAACAAAGGAUUUUUCUUACAUUAAUUGUUUACUUUUUGCUUACUAAUUACCAGUUGCGAUACAGUAAAUGUGUGUGUGUUUGUGAGAGAGAAAGAGAGAGAGAGAGAGAGAGAGAGAGCAAUGAAAGGAAGAAGUUCUCAUGCAAAUGUAGAAAUAUUUAUACAAAUUAUUUGUAAAUCAAAUUAAGUGUAAUAUUCUUAUAUAACCAAUAAAGUACUACUU